AUGAUCAUUCUCGCAAAUAUUCUCAUCAACACUUUCACCAGCAUUCUCACCAAUACCAACAUUCUUACAAACAUCGUCAAAGACACUCAACAAAUUUCCACAAGUUUCAACACCAUGCGAUUCAACAUUUUGCCAAUGGUCGCUAUCGCGGCAACUUUACCAAAUGUUUCUCUAUCGGCGCCGACGACUGAUUCCAUUGGCAUCUUUCCCCGCGACAACACCGCUGCUAUAAUUGGCACCUGGGAUGAUAAUCGAUGUGGCGUCUCAAAAGUAGAUGAUAGUGUCGCUGUCCCUGACAACCGCCCCACCGGUAAUUGCAAAGAAUUGCGUGGGAACAGUAUGCAGGUCUUCUGGGUCAAGAAGGGGUGCGUAGGUACGUAUAUUGACCGGCUCUCACAGCGCCAUCAAUGA